GGAAGAGAUGGCUUGGGGAUCUACGGUUCAAGAUCAGCAGGAAGGCCCUAGGUCUCGUGACCCAACAACACCAGCUCUGUCACCAUCGCGUCGAGGCUCUCUCUAGGCUGACAGAGGCGCAACGAUGUGCCCAGCCACCUGACGAAGAGGCCUGUACAGGGUCCUUCCGACGCCAGUUUGGCCUGUCUUGUUCCCACGAGAUUGAGGAGAGGCUCCGCGCCAACAAGGAGCUUACAGUCCGAGAUACCCACGAGCAUUGGAGGCUAGGCAAGGACCUCGCCUCUGGGGAUCUCUAUCUCCCUAUCCUCUAGCCCCUCGCAGUUGUGGUACGUCGUGGAAGACCAGUUACUGGACCCGAGCAGAUCCCCAUUGCUGCCAUCCCACGCGGAGACAACUAUCGUCGACAAGCCGCUGCGAGCCGCCAACGUGAUCCCUCUCAGUGGGAGCUUGUGGACCCGACGGAGACCGAGGGACGCCUCCAUCAAGAACAAGAUAUCGAAGUGUCGACGUUGACGCCGGCACGAGGACGUGGACGGGGCUCGCGGGUCCAGGGAACUACAGGAAGACAAGGAAGAGGUCAGGGACAGGGAAGAGGUCAGGGACAGGGAAGAGGCCAGCAAAAUAGAGUAGAGGAGACCCAAGGAGGUACAGACCCCGUACAAUUAUUA